AUGACGUGCUGGUCAGCGUUUGCGUGCAUCCAUGCCAUCUUUUUCACAUGCGUUAUCAUCGUGGUUGCUGAAGAAUCGACCAGCGCUUCCAAAGUAGUCAGUGUCACUCUAACAACCGAAUGGCAGCUGACCCUUUCGCCAUCACACCAUACCGGCCAUCGUUUUUCCAAGGCAACUUCAUCGCUCCUUGAAGCCGCAGAGUUCUUCGCUGACGAGGGCGACGAUCAGUACUGGGCUUUCGUAGAAGACUGGAACGAAUCUGGGGAGAAAGAUUGUCAAGGCAACGUUUACGAGUAUCUAGAGCGCCGUGCUGCCUCCGAGGAGACACUGAAGGUGCUGAAACUGUCGCUGAGUGUCAGAAACUACUCACCACGCCUCGAGAUGUUCCGCUCGCUGUGGUCGAGCACUAUCACUGCCGUGAAACGCACGGAUGGCGAAAAAGAGACAGCUGGGUGCUGUUUGGUUAUGGUCGGAGACAAGUUUGCAAGAACCAAAGAGGAACUUGCGUCCUUACUCGCUACAACUUCGAGUGGCACUCCAACUGCAGGUCGCCAGGCCACCCGACUUGAUCAUAUUUAUCCCGGUAAAGCAAGUAUUCCAUCAAGCCGACGCAUUUUUGAUUCAACGCAGGUUUUCACUUCCAUUCCUAUUGUGACUUUCUAUGGCGCCAUGGGCACACCAUGCUUUGGCCACUUUCACGCUCUGUUGAAAAGUGCAUCGGCACAGGGCCAAGUGCAUUACGUUCACCGUCCUGUUAUUAUGAAUGCAGAAUGCGCAAGGAAAGGUUGUAUCGGUCUUGGAACGCAUGUUGACACGAUCGGUAUCGAUGGCAACGUAGGUCGACUACACGUGGUAGGCUAUGGGGUUGAGCUUGCCGUGAAAAAUAUGGAGUAUAAGGCGUCUGAUGACUCAAUAAUGAAUGAUAUUGGGGCAUUACUUUUGGCGCCAAUAGCAUCCGAGUCGCAUGACAGCCUAGCUUUUGAAGUUGUCAAGGGCUUCAACUUUUCAAGACUAAAUUAUCGCUAUCCAGAACUUAAUCGCGAGCUCACUAGUUUCCGCCACUACCUAGUUGGAAAAACUGCAGAGGAUGAGACUUUGAAGAUUUGGGAUAUCAAAGACCUCGGUCUCCAGGCUACCCAGCGAAUCUUACUUGCUGACGAUCCUUUCCAAAUGAUGAUGGACAUCUCUCAGAACUUUCCUUCUCUGGCCUCCUCACUGUCUCGCUUGGAUUUGGAUAGUACGAUCUGCGCUGAGAUAGAGAAUAAUCAAAAGCAUGUCUCUCCAGGUUCUCUAUUUAUGAGCAUUAACAGCGAGCCCAUAGAGCUGGAUACAGUUGAUAUAUUUACCUUAGCAGACAAGAUCACUAGUGAAAUACGCGAGGCAGCGCGAUUUAGGGAUAUAGGUCUGGGCAGCACCGCUGUGCGCGAGUUACUUCGCUUGCGCAUUGCCCCUCCUGGUAGUGAGUUAAAUUUUCCACGGCUCAACCUCUUCGAUUCCACAACAGUUCCGAUCAUCUCUUUCAACAAGAAUAUCGAAAGUGAUCGGAACUAUGCCCAUUGGAGUCCUGACAUAAUGCAACUCAUGAGACAUAGCCAGUUGGGGCAAGUUCCACCAGUGCGUCGAAAUAUGUUCAAUGUAAUCCUCAUCCUCAACCUAGGCCAGUCAAACAGUUGGCGUCUUGUCGACGCUCUGCAUGAAUACACUCGAGCAGGCGUGCCACUCCGGCUUGCAUACGUCCUCGUCGAUGACAGCGAGGGGGAUACUGUUAAAGAACUUUGGAAUCCCACCUCAUUCUUAACGGAUUUUGCAGAGUUUGAAGAGAAGGAGGAGCUUGACAUCAAUUUCCCUCGGGGACUGUCUCUUGGGACGGUUAUAGGGAGAGCAGGAAACUUAAUUUUGCGCCGGUUCGGAGGUGAAGCCCAGGUAGACUUUGUGAAUGAAGUCGCAAAUGCGCGAGGCGUGAUGUUUCCAGGCAACCAUUUCAUACCUGCAGUCAAGUCCAAAGUCACGUGGUCUCUCGUGCAGAAAGCGUUCACUCGUAUCUUUAUACAAUGGUAUAGCAAAGUUGAUAGCGUUGACUCAGAUGAUUUGGUAGCGCCUGACAUGACCAAAGUUCACUCUCUUAUUGAUGCACAUGUUGCCAACAUUUUAUCACUUGCCGGUGCAACUGAAAGUGAGCCUGGCGCGUAUCUUUCUGAGGCCAAGGCACUCAUCGCCGACAAAGGAGUCGCUGCCCCAUCUGCACUCGUCAAUGGUAUAUACUUCACACUAGAUGAUGCAGAGAGAUUAGGAGCAGAGAUGGAACAGGUGGUUAUGCAUUUUGUGCAGCAAGAAGCAAACAGUAUAGCAGAGGCAGUACUUUCUGGGGUACUCAGCAAUGAAAUUCUAGAUAAGUAUCCUGGUGGCAUAUUUGGGUGGCUUCACCGCACUGCCGUCGCCAAAAACACUCCUUUCAUUGUCGAUAAUGUCAAAUAUCCUCCCACAUACGUAGAAAUGCGUCCCCCGCAAGAUAAUUCAGAGGGGCUGCUGGCUUAUAUCGAGAAUUGUGAUGUAAAAGCUAGCAAGGGCAACACUUUGUGGGUGGUUGCUGAUGCUGGGACACGAAAGGGCAUGGAUCUCAUUGCAAGUGCAUGCGAGUGCGCAGCACGCACACGUGCUGAUGGUGAGAGCACGAAUAGUCGUGUAGCAGUGUUACAUCCUCCAGGGGUAGUUGCAACCCAUCGCGCUCGAGCAGUAGCGCUUGUUUCACGAUGGAAGACAGGCUACUACUGUGGCAAUUAUUCCACAUUCUUGUCGGAGAUACUUUCCUCAGAUGCACCUGAGACGAUCAAGAGUGCACUGAGUGCUCUCGGCAUGGAACAGUAUGCUUCAGAUUCAGGCAUGGAUGAUGAAGAAUUAAACACUCUUCUUGAACAACAAGGCAACUUCGUGGCAAGUUUGAUCGGCAUGGAUGCUAAUGACAGCAGUGAAAGUGGCACUGACAGCAUCGUGAUUGCUAACGGGCGAGUUAUCCAGAUACCUACAGGUUAUCAUAUGGAUGCAGAUGAUUUCGCGCUGCUCAUCUCGAAAGAGUCGAGCGCGCGAGGCGCGACAGUCCGUAAUAUUCUUGAAUCGCAUUCUCCAGUCAUUCCUGUAUCGAGUUCAUUCAAUAUUUUUGACCAGUACAUGAUUGCGUGCUCUCUUGUGGCUAUUCGUCAGACCAAAAGUGUUUCACGCAGUCAAGUACGUACCCUCGAGUCGCUAGAGUCGAAACACAGUGCCGUUAUCGUUCAGGGCGAUGGGGUUGUUGUAAUGGAUGCGGUGCUGGAUCCCCUCAGUAAAGAGGCACAGAGGAUUGCACCACUAUUCUACGUACUCAGGGAUGCAUUGUUCCCUCAUAUCAGCAUCCGUAUCAUUCUGAACCCUCGUCGAGAGCUUAUGGAAAUCCCCAUCAAGUCAUACUUCCGCUAUGCAGCACCGAACCCGUCACUCGACGCGAUUCCCCGCGUCCAUUUUUCACAGCUGCCGCAUCACCAGACCCUCACUGCACACCUUGAUGUUCCAGAGGCCUGGUUGGUCACAACAGUGGUUGCAACAUACGACCUUGAUAAUCUUAAGCUUUCAGACCUCCCAGAGGAGCAAGACACGAUGGACGCCGAGUAUCGCAUCGAGGCACUACUAGUGACGGGAUAUUGCUCAGAAUCUGGUGCAAAGGAUCCUCCUAGGGGCACCCAGCUUAUACUUGGGGAUGCAGGGACUGUUGUGAUGUCAAAUCUCGGAUACUUUCAGCUUCCUGCGGCACCAGGGGUUUUCGAACUUUCCCUUCGUCCAGGUCGGUCUGCAGACAUGUAUGUCUUUGCUGAGCAUGUUGAAAGUACUAACAGCGACGUCUUGUUGACUGUCAAAGAGGAGCAUUCCGCCCGAGAUGUUACUUAUUCAUCUGUUGAGAUUAUCGUAUCGAGCUGGCAAGGCAUGACCACCCAAAUAUCAUUACAGCGGCGGCCUGGAAUGGAACGGGAGGACGUGUUGCCUAUUCACCGCGGCAAAGAUAAAGAUGGUGGUCUAUGGAAUAAGAUAAUCUCGAAGUGGCGUAACGCCAAGAGAAGCAGACUUGAAACCAUUAAUGUAUUCUCUGUCGCCUCCGGUCAUCUCUAUGAACGUUUUCUAAAAAUCAUGAUGCUAUCUGUGCGUCGUAACACCAACAACCCAGUAAAGUUCUGGUUCAUAAAAAAUUGGCUCUCGCCGCAAUUCAAGGACAUUUUGCCUCACAUAGCUGCUAAAUACGGCUUUGAGUACGAGCUGGUGACAUACAAGUGGCCCACUUGGCUACACAAACAGACCGAAAAACAGCGCAUUAUAUGGGCUUACAAGCUCCUUUUCCUCGACGUCCUCUUCCCACUCACCUUAAACAAGGUAAUAUUUGUUGACGCUGAUCAGGUAGUUCGCUCCAACUUAAAAGAGCUUUGGGAAAUGGAUCUCAGAGGCGCGCCUUAUGCAUACACUCCAUUCUGCGACAACAACCCAGAAAUGGAGGGGUACCGAUUUUGGAAGCAUGGUUUCUGGCAGACGCAUCUUGCUGGGAAGCCCUACCACAUUAGUGCACUCUACGUAGUUGAUUUAGAAACAUUUCGUCAUACUGCAGCAGGCGAUAAGCUCCGUUUGAUAUACGAGACACUAUCUAAAGAUCCAAGUUCGCUUGCCAACCUUGAUCAAGACCUACCAAACUAUGCGCAGCAUCAAGUGCCCAUUUUUACCUUGCCACAACAGUGGCUGUGGUGUGAAUCCUGGUGUGGGAAUGAUACCAAGACGGCUGCAAAGACAAUCGACCUGUGUAAUAACCCGAUGACCAAGGAGCCAAAGCUCAUAGGGGCAGCGCGCAUCGUCGAGGAAUGGACCUCGCUAGAUGAGGAGGUGCGAUCGUUCACAAAACAACUUGAGGAACACUUGCUUGCAGACAAAUAUGUGUUCACUCCACCUGUUCGUGCGCUCAGCUAG